CUUCCAACAUGGCGUAGAUUCGUGUAACUGAACGUUCUUGCUGAAAAUCGAUGAUAUCAUUGUCAUCAUUAGUGGGCUUUUUCUCUUAUCGAAGGAAGAAAAUGUGUUAAAUUUUGUGCAUAAUAUUGUGUUGUUUAUGUACGCUGCUAUGUAUAUGUUUUAUACGUUAAGAAAUUUGAUUGAAAAUAUGAGCUUUAUGAAAUUUUAAAUCGUGUGCUUAUAACUAACUGUUUGUGCGAGGGCUGAAAAACAUUACUUUUAUCUAAAAAUAUAUAUAGGUCUUAUUUUCAGUAUAUUCAAUAUACAAACAUAUUCAGUUAUAUUCAAUAUACAAACAUGGGACGAUCUAGAAGUGGUAGUAGAUCACCUUCUAGACAUAAGCAUAAAAGUAAACAUUCUCAUAAACGAUCACACUCCAAAGACAAAAGGGAAAGGAGCAGUAAGUCCAAAAAGUCCCGGUCUCGAGAGCGGUCCCGAUCCAGGUUAUCAAAAUUAGAAGUUAACAAAUUAGAUAUUAGGCAUUUGCAAGAUGGGAAGAAAAGAAAACGUUCUCGAUCUUCUUCUUCUUCAAGCAGUAGUAGUGAUGAUUUAGAUGGACUUUAUAGCUCACAUCGCCGUAGGUUAAAAAAAAUGAAUGAAGUUGAAAGACUUGCGGAAAUGGAAAGAUUGAGGAGGCAAAAAGAACUAGAGUCAAAAAUGGUUGAAGAAGAAACUUCUAAACGGAUAGAAGAAAUUGUUGCCAGAAGAGUAGAAGAAGAAUUAGAGAAACGAAAAGAUGACAUUGAAAAAGAGGUAUUACGUAGGGUUGAGGAGGCGAAAAAAAUAAUGGAAAAGCAGAUGCUGGAAGAAAUGGAGAGGAGGCAAAAAUUGGAGUUGGAAGCUCAAAAAGCAAAGGAGGAAGAAGAAAGGAAAAAACGGGAGCAAUUGGAAAAAAUUUUGGAGGAAAAUAAGCGAAAAAUCGAUGAGGCUCAGAAAAAACUGGAUGAAGAACGGCUUGCAAUGAUUGAAGAGCAGCGCAGAAUUGACGAGGAGAGAAAGAGACUUAUGAAAGAAAAGGAGAAAAAAAUGAAAGAAGAGCAACAAGUUAUUUUAAACAAAGGCAAAGUUAGGCCUAAACUGUCAUUUUCAUUAAAACCUGUUGGAUAAUAGCAUAAUGGAGGAAACAUAUUUAAUAAAAAAAUGUAAAAUGUGUGUGUUACUUGAAGUGCAAGAUGAGUUCUGACUGUAUAAAGUAUAGAUACGAGUGUUGGAAUGGAAUCCAGUAAAGCAUUCUGAAUGGCAUAAUUUUUUUUUGGUAUAUGUAACUACUAAACUCAUUUUUUUUUGUCAAGUAUUUAAAUUAUAAGAGAAAGUUAUUUUUCCAAUUUAUCAAAUAAACAUUUGUAUGUGAAACUGAUCAUUAGAAAAAUGGAAAUUGCAGUUUCAUGUCUCUGUUCUGACAGAUUAGAAGGAUAAUAUUCAUUACUGAAUUCCAAAUAAAUCAUUCUAAAAAUUUCUUCAGUAGAUUAAAAGAAAAUGUAGUUUAUUUAUACUAAAAUUUCUGUAACUUGGCAGCCGAACUUAUAAAUUGUUCUCUUCUAAGAAAGAUAAAGUACACUGGUUAAAAGUGCCCAUUGAAUUACUUAAGUUGUAAUAAUGUGUAUAAAAUGCAUGUAGAUUAAAUAAAGAGAAAAAAAAAAGUAUUUUAAUAACAAAAAGUGCAAGCCAAGAUGUGUUUUGGCUGCUAUUAAAAUGUUGGACAAUUUUUUAACUGUAUCUUUAUUCCAUUAUAUCUUUAUACAAAUUGAGUACAUUUUUAAUGUAAAGAGUUAUAUAUUUUUUUUUGUACCUGUCUGGUAUGUUAUUUGGAUAAGUCAAAUGGUGAAUACGUUAAGAAUAUUGUAUUGGACUCUCAAGAAGAUGAAUGAGUAGUAAAUUAUUACUGAACAUGUCUCAAUUCAUUUCAUUUAAUAUGCAUCAUCAUCUACACUUUUUAAGGAAGGGAUUGUGAUUAAAUUGUGCUGCAUAACAGUUUCUUUUUAGGACUCUUAUGUUAAUGUUGUGUUUUGCAUAAUUUAAACAAUCUAAUUUCCUCUUGUCCUAAUACUGACUUUAUCUGUAAUUUUUUUUUUAUUUUAAUAGGAUUAGUCUGAGCUGGAUAUGAUGUAUGAUAAUAAUAAUGAAAAUUAAUAUAUGCUUUUUCAGAUUUGGAAUUUUGUGUUAAAUAUUUUGUUGAUUUUUAUAGGAGAGUAUAUAAAUGGACAGAAUUUUACUUUGGCUUUUAAAAAUAAAAGUUUUAUUGAAAAACUGUAGUUUCUAGGGGGAAAAUAUCAUAAUGUAAAAUUACAACUACAAAAAUAUGUGACUAAAUUCAAUUUUUACAUUACUUUUUUCUUAGAUUAAGUUAUUAAUUUUUUCUUUUAACAUUUAAAAAUUUCCAUAUUUUCUUCCUGUGGGAAAGAGUCACAGUUUUAAUGUUUUGCUGUAUUUGCAUUGAGUUUUUACUUGCGUCUUCAUGUUUAUAUUGAUUAAAUGUAUAUUAAAAGUUAAGUCAGUAUAUUGUUUUUAUUCCUUCACAUUUUCCUUCUGAAAUGUCAUUUUGGCUUGAAGAACUAAGAGUAUGGUGAAUUUCUUAAUCACAAAUCAUACUUAACUUGUACAGUAUCAUCAUUGUUUUCUGUAUUGUUUGGUUAAACCGCAGUAAAUAAAAAUGUUAUAAUUUGUGAAA